AUGGAUCCGUCUUUGGUGUUUCUUCGUUUGUCGAAAAAGAAAACUAAAAGAUGGAGCAAUAUGUUGUCAUUACUUCGUUUGAGAAGUGCCAUAGCAUAUGCUGGUUGGAGAUAUUUGAGGGUGAAUCUUUUGCCAGUGUCAUACAGUGCUCUUUCAGAAGCUACUGAUGGGUUUUCUUCAAGAAAUUUGAUUGGUGUUGGUAGUUUUGGGUCCGUUUACAAAGUAGCUCUUGUUACCCCAUUUGAUGGAACUUACCUUUUUUUGGCCAAGUAUAGAGUUCAUCUAGUUGCUGUGAAGGUGUUUAAGUUGUCACGCCAUGGAGCAUCUAGGAGUUUCAUAACCGAAUGUGACAUGCUCAGAAAUAUCAGGCAUCGAAAUGUGGUCAAGAUUGUAACCGCAUGCUCUCAUGUCUAUUUUUAUGGGAAUGAAUUCAAGGCUCUGGUGUAUCAGUACAUGGAGAAGGGGAGCUUACAGGAGUGGUUGCAUCCAAAUUCUGGAACACAACAGGUAAGACGUGCACCUAAGAAAUUAAAUCUUUAUCGAUCAGAGGCUAAGCAUUGCACUUGA